GAAACGAGCUCCAACUGGGAAAUCUGAAAUCUCCGAUUUCCGACUACAGUGCGUUCAAAACAACUGGGAACUCAUAGAAACGAGCUCCAACUGGGAAAUCUGAAAUCUCCGACUUCCGACUACAGUGCGUUCAAAACAACUGGGAACUCAUAGAAACGAGCUCCAACUGGGAAAUCUGAAAUCUCCGAUUUCCGACUACAGUGCGUUCAAAACAACUGGGAACUCAUAGAAACGAGCUCCAACUGGGAAAUCUGAAAUCUCCGAUUUCCGACUACAGUGCGUUCAAAACAACUGGGAACACAUAGAAACGAGCUCCAACUGGGAAACAUCUUUAGAACGGUUAAAAAACUUGGAUUUCAAAGUCGGAAAUUCUGCAUCCUUCUAGAGCUUAAAAUUUCCGACCUGAAGAUAAUUUAUGUCAUGAUUUGAUCUCGAUUUUUCCCCCGAAGCCCAGUUGUGUUGAAAGUGCCCUUAUGCUUGAGCCCUGCCCCGCGAGAGAUGACUGUUGCUAAGGACGCAUUUCCAAACCAAGAUGGCUGCUGUCAAAAAACAAAUAAGAAACUCUCGCUACUACGUCGGAGGAGUAACAAAUCUUACCCGGAACGGUUUUGGCGUGUAUGUGUAUCCAAACAGCUUUUUUCGCUAUGAGGGAGAGUGGAGCAAGGGCGAAAAACACGGGCAUGGAAAACUCUUGAUGAAAGAUGGAAGUUACUACGAGGGAGAGUUUGCUCAUGGGGAAAUAGAGGGGAAUGGGUCAAGGUUCUGGGCAAAAACAGGUGUAUCCUAUUCUGGCCAGUUCAGUGGAGGGGAGCUUCAUGGCUGUGGUGUGAUGCAGAAAGGCAAUGGAGAGAGAUACAAGGGAGAGUUCUCCUACGGACUCCGAGAUGGCAAUGGGUUUCUGUUGGAUAAGGAUGGACAAACAUACGAGGGAUCGUUUCAUCAAAACAAGCGGCAUGGUGAAGGACAAAUGCAUUACAGGAAUGGGGAUCAAUAUGAAGGAGGUUGGCUUUUGGACCUACAACAAGGCCACGGAGUGAUGCGCUUUGGGGAUGGAUCAGUGUACGAGGGUCAAUGGCGUAAUAACCUCUUCAACGGCCAGGGGACCAUGAUCCACUGUUCUGGGAUUAUCUAUGAAGGGUUGUGGACCAACGGCAGACCGCUAGGUGGCGCUUCGAAAGUCGUAAUAGAGGGAGGAGAUGUCUUGGAGGUCUUCCAAGAGACUCCAUUUUGUGUGGAAGUGCAACUGCAGACGGAGGCGGGAGAGAAGGCAACGGGUGAAAAUGGCAGAGUCUUACAAAUAUCCACUGCUAUCAGACUCUGUGAUCUCUCCCUGUCAACAACUCCAGCGAGCCUGCUGAAGAUGAUGGAAGACAUCAAGGAAACACCCAUCCCCACACCAUUUGGCUUUCAGGUUGUCAGCUACCCUUUGAUGGAGAGAGCCUUUGGAAGCCAGAUCUUCAUAGACACUGCAGCCCCCCUAGCCGUGGCUGCGGUGGCAGCUAAAUCAGGCUCAGCGCAGGCUGACUCGCCACUGCUUCCUGAGGGCGAGUGGGAGUCUGGAAGCGGAUCAGACGGGCCGCCACUCGUGGGGGGUACCCCCAGCUACCUGGAUGGAAAGGAACUGCGUGGGGAGCAGAAUCAGUCAGGAGAAGGGGAAUCGACCACCAUCACAGAGUUCUUCUCAGGAGUCUUUGCUGGACAAGAGGAGGACUCCACUCCUCCUCCAGCCAAUCAGAGGGUGGAAGAAGGCCAAGCUAAAUUCAAAAAUCUACUGUUGGCCCCUCCCCCUCAUGACUUCAUCCCUUAUCAGCUGAUGGAUGAGUUGAAGAGAAACAUCAAGAAGCCGUCCAACAGAGCACCAACUGAUAGACCGGUCCUCUCCCAGGACAAGAACUCAGAGCGCAGGUCAAGCACGGGGUCUUGUUUUACCAGCAACACAAAGAAAAGCUCCAUUGACAGCAGGAGUGUGAGGCCAGGUGAAUAUGUGAUUAUGGUGAAAGAUGUAACCAACCCACCAUUUCAAGGCCAGACCUUACCCCCAGCAUUUGCCCUGCUGCGGUUGUUUCCUGCCAAGACCAAAAGUAAAAACAGCCAGACGGACAAAACCAAGAGUGCCCUUGGAGAGUCCCUCAAAGAGCUUGACACCCGACGAUGGCUCACCACUCAUUGUACUGGGUGACUUUAAGCUCCCGACGCCUGACAUCAAUUUAUUUCUUUCCACUACUUUCAUCUUUUGAACUCACCCUUUCUCAAUCACCUCCCAGUCACA